UUUCCCAAAUUCCGCCUUCUUGUUUUUGGGUUUUUUGUUCGCCUUUUAGUUUGUGAAUUCACUAGAUCACGCACAGCGACUGUAAAGAAUGGCAACGAGAAGCAAUUUCUACAAGAAUCCUUCCCUCGCUUAUAAAAAGGAUCUCAGUCUUUCUUCCGUUCUUCAAAACUUGAAAGCAUAUAAUAUUGUCGCCGGAAAUGUACCUCCGAUUGAAGAACAACCUCCAGCCGAGGAGAGAAAAACCAGUACAAAACGACCUCGCUUCUCGAAACCACAGUCAGAUAGAAACCUUGAAAUCGAAGACAACGAUAGGCCUAUGUCUCACCAGGAUUACAUUGACAAGAGAAGAAAGGAAGUUAGUUCGAAUCCGUCUUAUGAGGAAUUAAGUACUGACGUUUUGGGAACUUCUAGUUUGGGUAUCAGUUUGGUGGGCUAUGGAAGUGAUGAGAGUGUUUCUUCAGAAUGUGAAGAAACGGAGGAUACUCCAGACCAUGCUAACAUGAGUGAAGUGGAGAAAACUAAGAGCAGAAGUGAACAACGGUAUCCUGUUCCAGGAGAACCUGCUUGUGUAGUAUGUGGUAAAUAUGGAGAAUAUAUAUGCAAUGAGACCGAUGAUGAUAUCUGCAGCCUGGAGUGCAAAGCUGCUGUUCUGAGAAGUCUUGAAAUUGCUGAGGAACCCUCAAUCAAGCAAAAUCCAGAUGUCUCAUCAUCAGGAAAUGCAGGUGCCUUACAAGCGGCUGAGUUUGAGAAGGACUUUUGGGAUUAUAACCGCAAUCGCUGGUCCGAAAAGAGAUCUAGUCUUUGUACUUAUCAAUGCUGGAAAUGUAAGAGGCCUGGGCACUUUGCUGAGGAUUGUUUAGUGAUGACAAGUAACCAGGUGGCUUCAGGGCAGAAUAAAUCCAAUUCCAUUGCCAAAGAUCUGAUUGAGUUGUAUCGAAGGUGCCACCAGAUCAGCAAAACCUUAUCAGCAGCAAAGUGCAAUGUAUGCUGCAGCUCCUUAAAUUUGGCUACUUGCCUUGACUGCAAUACUGUCCUUUGUGACAGUGCAGGGCAUUUAAAUGAGCAUAUCAGGACAAAAUCUUCACACCAAAAAUAUUACUCUCACAAGCUUAAGCGCCUGGUUAAAUGCUGUAAAUCAACAUGCAAGGUGACUGAGAUUACUGAUCUUCUGGUUUGUCACUACUGUUUUAGUAAAGCGUUUGACAAGUACAAGGAUAUGUACAGUGCAACCUGGAAAGGAGCUGGACUUCAAAUUAUUUGGAAUUCUAUUUGCUGUGAGGAUCACUUUGAGUGGCAUAGGGUGAAUUGUUUAAAUGCAGAUGUAGAAGACCGAGCGUAUAUCAUUGGCAGCUCAGCCAAGAAGGAAAAGCUCGUUCAGCUUAGUGAUUGCAUUUUCUGAUGGAAUCUUGGUGACAAACUACUAAUGUUUGAUCAUUCAAAGAUUUGCUUUGCGUUGAGUUGAUUAACAACUGUAUCAUGUGUAUUUUAGGUAAGUGAAGAAUAAUAUUUACUUAGAUGUAAUGUGGAAAGGAUUGCUCUUAAGGCUCUUUGUGUUUUGUAUGCUACUGGUUUUCAUGGUAUGGACUGGUGUAGAAUCAGUUUGGAUGUCCAUACGAUUGGAGACUGACGAGGUCACUUGGAUGCUUAAUACACCUGCAUAACCCGAUUUUGAUGAAGGCAUUGUAUUGGAAUUAUGAGGGAAAAUGUAAGCCGAAGACAUCUGCUGUCUACUCGAUGGCAUGCAGCUAGAAAAUAUUGUAAUAGAGAAGAUUAUAAUGUGGAAGUUAGUUCACGGGAUUGUGGAAUCUCAAACCCAUUAAUGUACAUAAUGUGAUUUUGUUUGAAUUAUUUGGAAAAUCGUGCUUCAUGUGA